GUCUUCUUCGUGCUCUCUCAGAGGUGGGUUGGCUUCUCCUCCCCCUCCGGUUCGGUUCGGGUUCUUGGGGUUCCGUUCGGGGGUGAGAGGAAGAGAUGGCGGCGUCGGAUGUUGAGUACCGCUGCUUCGUCGGCGGCCUUGCCUGGGCCACCGACGACAACUCGCUCCACAACGCCUUCAGCCCCUUCGGCGAGGUCCUCGAGUCCAAGAUCAUCCUUGAUCGUGAGACCCAGAGGUCCCGCGGCUUCGGCUUCGUCACCUUCUCGAGCGAGCAGGCGAUGCGCGACGCCAUCGAGGGGAUGAACGGCAAGGAGCUCGACGGCCGCAGCAUCACCGUCAACGAGGCCCAGUCCCGCGGCGGCCCGCGCUCCGGCGGCGGCGGCGGCGGCUACGGGCGCCGCGAGGGCGGCGGUGGCUACGGCGGCGGCGGCGGCUACGGGCGCCGCGAGGGCGGCGGCGGCUACGGCGGCGGCGGCGGCUACGGUGGCCGUGGAGGCUACGGUGGUGGCGGCGGCGGCGGCUACGGUGGCAACCGCGGCGGCGGCUACGGCAACUCCGAUGGGAACUGGAGGAGCUGAGCGGUGGGGCCCGCGUGGCCAAGUUAUCUUGUGCUACCUACUGUUACCGGAGUUAUCCUGUGUCGUCUCCUACCUGUGUUCGGUGUCUGUUUCGUGUUCGUCGUUGCCCAUCUGUGUUUUUGAUCGCAAGCUCGUUCGUCUAGUGCUCGUGUUGUUGUCUGUCUGAGCUAUCCUGAUCUCCAUCCCAUGAACUGGUCGGGUGUUGGGAUUGGAUGCUGUUA